AUGAGUUAUCGAGGACGAGGUAGAGGAGGUGGGUACAACAACAAUUACCAAAACAGAAAUACUUUUGGACACCAGCAGCAAAACGUUGAUGCCUUCGUCGCAGCCAAUGCAUACCCGAUUGAAAUCGUGGGAUGGAAUGGUGCAAGCCUGAGUGAUUGUAUCAGCUUUAUAUCCAGAAAGUGCAGAAUCGUUGUUAGCAACUAUUCAGUCGAUCAAAAUACUGGGGUUUUGAAAGGUUACGUCAGGAAUGAGUCUCAGGCAAACGAACUACUUAAUUGGUCGGGAGUGAAGUUUGCCGGGCAGUCAUUGAGAUUCUCCAAAGGUCCUUCAUCUAUAUCCAACCAAAUGGGCGGCUCUGCUGCGGGAGCUGGUAGUACAAUCGAAACAAUAACCAAUUUCUUGAAAGGGCGAUAUCAACCUGACAUCAAGAUGUUGAAUUUAAGUGGAGUGAAACAGGACGCCAAUCUCAAUGCCCAAGGCUUUUUUGCAUCGGUUUCGGUAACAUCAAAGUUUUUUCCUGCAUUAAUGAAGAUUGCUAGUGAUUUAAAACUCGACGUCGAGAGCGUCGAUUUGUCCAACAAUGAACUCAGCGACUUGCAAGCAAUCUCGUCCAUGACUCAAACAUUUCCAAAGUUAAAGAACUUGUCCCUUCAAGGUAACAACCUUUCCAGAACAAAAGUUUUCGAAACCUGGAAGUAUAAGCUCAACUUUUUGCGGGAAUUGAUCUUGUUCAAUAAUCCUAUUGUGCAAACCACCAACCCAACUGAGAUCCAAGAUAUCAAAUUGGAGUUGAUGAGAUAUUUCCCUAGAUUGGUGGUGUUGAAUGGAGAGGUUUUGAGGAACGAACCAGCCUUGGAAGCUAACACCACGUCUCCAUUUGGAUCUCAAGCAUUGUUUUUCCAAGACGAGGACACCAAGAACUUGGCUACCAAUUUUGUCACAAACUAUUUGAAUUUGUGGGAUACCAACAGAGCUAAUUUGAUGGUGUUAUAUCAAAAUGAAUCACAGUUUUCAAUGCAAUUGGAUACAUCGCACCCACAUUUGAUUGCAGACGGAAAUAGCAGUUCAAACAUUGAUUUUGGAAACUACAUGCCAAAUUCAAGAAACCUUACCCGUAUCUCAUCCGGUAAGGCGAGAAUGAGUAAAGUUGCAGUUGGGGCAGAACAGAUUUACAAAAGUUUCCAGCAACUACCCAAGACCAAACACAAUUUAGUCGAAGAUCCAACAUCAUUUAGCAUGGAGUGCUAUAAGUACGCGCCACUCAAUGGAAUUGUAAUCUCCGUGCAUGGGUCUUUCGAAGAGGCUGCGCAGCCCGAAGUUUCGGAUAACAGCACCUCACAAAGCUCUCGUGGUGGAAGAUUCCACUCUCAAAGUCGAAACAAGAAGCCCAAUUUAUGCAAAAAGAGCUUUGAUAGAACCUUCAUUGUUUUACCUGGUCCCAAUGGAAGCAUGGUUGUCGCAAGUGAUCUUUUGCUCAUUCGUCCUUUUACUAUCGAUAUCCCUUGGACCAAUUCACACCCACCAACUCAACCAAGUUCGCAAUCUCCAUCAACUGCGACUAGCGUUUCCGGUCAACAACAAACACCAAAUGUUUUACAAGGAGCAAACCCAUUGACAGCACCGGGAGCAGCACAAUUAGCACCAGCACCAGCACCAGCACCACCGCCAGUGGCAGAAUUGCCUCCGGAAAUAAAAUCAAAUCUUCAAGUACCACAGCAAGAACUUCUUGUGAAAAUAGUGAUGGAAACCAAGCUCAAUCUACAAUAUGCAUUAAUGCUUUGCGAACAAAGCCAGUGGGAUUACAACCAAAGCUUGACAAAUUUCAAAAACUCCGCUUCGUCGUUGCCACGAGAAGCCUUUUUAUAG